CGCGGCAGAACGAGUGAUGUAUCCAUGAAGUCGUUACUACAAAGAUGGCGGAUUUCCUGCUCUCCCGGACUGCUAUAGUUUGUGUUCCCAAUUGUCUUCUCUCCAGCGGCGAAAUUGACCAAAUUAGAAAGUCUAGGGCGAUCGAUAAAAGCCUGUCUCGAGAGAAAACUUACGCGAAGAAGCUGGUGAAGAUUUUGCUGUUAGGAGCAGGCGAAAGUGGCAAGUCAACUUUCCUCAAACAAAUGCGCAUAAUUCAUGGGCAGGACUUCGAUCAGCGGGCCAAAGAGGAGAUCCGGGCUACGAUCUACAGCAAUGUUAUCAAAGGUAUCCGAGUGCUUGUGGAUGCCCGUGAGAAGCUGCACAUCCCUUGGGGAGAUCCUGACAAUCAGGCUCACGGGGAGGCAGUGAUGGCCUUUGACACCCGCUCAUCCUUGAUGGCCAAAGGGAUGAUGGAGACUAAAGUCUUUCUCAACUACCUGCCCUCCAUCCGUGCCCUGUGGCAAGACAGUGGCAUUCAGAAUGCUUAUGACAGACGGAGAGAGUUUCAGCUGGGUGAAUCUUUGAAGUAUUUCCUGGACAAUGUGGAUAAACUUGGACAACUGGACUACUUGCCCAGCCAAAAGGAUAUACUGCUGGCACGAAAGCCCACCAAGGGUAUCCAUGAGUACGAGUUUGAGAUCAAGAAUGUUCCUUUCAAGAUGGUGGAUGUGGGAGGGCAGCGGUCAGAGCGUAAGCGAUGGUUCGAGUGCUUCGACUCUGUGACCUCCAUCCUUUUCCUAGUCUCAUCCAGCGAAUACGAUCAGGUGCUCAUGGAAGACCGUUUGACCAAUAGGCUCACGGAGUCUCUCAACAUCUUCGAGACUAUCGCCAACAACUGUGUCUUUGCCGACGUCUCCAUCAUUCUCUUCCUCAAUAAGACAGACUUGCUGGAAGAAAAAGUUAACAAUGUGAACAUCAAGGACUACUUCCCCGAGUUCACGGGGGAUCCCCACAAUCUGCAGGAUGUGCAGAAGUUCCUGGUGGAGUGCUUCCGUAACAAGCGUCGUGAACAGCAGCAGAAGCCCCUUUACCAUCACUUCACCACCGCCAUUAACACGGAGAACAUUCGUAUCGUCUUCCGUGAUGUCAAAGACACCAUCUUGCACGACAACCUUAGGAAGCUUAUCUUACAAUGAAAGGCACCGAUCGUCCUUUAAGAACAUUCCAUUUUAAUUAGGUUUAUUUAAUACGGAGUACAAGUGGUUCAAUACAUAUUGUGGUGAAGAAUUGAAGAAAAAUAGUAUAAUUAUGCAACUGAAUUUUUUUUUUUCUUUUUUGCAUAUUAUUAGUCAUAUGUAUGCAAAGAUUUUGAUAUCAAAGCAACCUUUUUAAGCUGCUUGUUGCCAUAUCAAAUAUGCCAAGGAAUGGUCCUCAGUUAUUAACCAAAAUGCUGUAAUUCUGAUUGUUUACUGUAUGUUUAUUUUCAUCUAAUAGAACAGUUAACACUCCUGUAACCCAUUGUCUUAACACCUGGCUUUGGUAAAGCUUUUCAGAAAGAAAUAGUGAGAACUCAGGGCUUUAAAUAUUAUAGAAGAGCUCUUCUGCUCCAGUCAGCAGAUUAUGGGCUUGAUGUGUCUGGUUGUAUAAGGCCCCAGUGUUUGGUUUUUUUUUGUUUUUUUUUAAAUAGAAUGUGGUUUCUCUGACUUUGUCUUCCCACAUGCUAUUACUCUAUUACUUUUUGUUGCACUCACAACAUGACAUUUAAUUAGUACAAUUAAGGUACUUUAUAGAAAAGUACUUAUUUGUCAUAUUACAUUUAUUUUCCAUAUGUAAAGGGAAAGUGUCUCUUUGUUUGCCGUUCAAGCCUGUACAGAAUGCCUGUACGAUUUCUUUUCCUCUGACAUUUCCCCACCCCAAGCUAUUAUAGUAUAUUUGACACACUAACGUAAUAGCAUACAUUUAUUGUAUGUGUUCUAGAAGACCUGAAAUUUAAUGAUUUUUUGUUUUGUUUCUUUUCUUUUGAUGAAUUCACUUUAAAAACAAAGUAGCCUUAUGUCUUCGUUCCUGUGUAGGUUAAAGUGGACAGCUUUAGCUCAGGGUUUUAUAAAGUGACUGUUAAAGCAGCCCAGGUGUGUUACUGUGUAUUGUUAAUACCGACGAUGACUUUUUUUUUUUUUACAGGCAAAGCAAAGUCACCUUUGCCUUAAAUGUCAAUCAAAGCUGGUUUUAAUGCAAGAUCAAUUAAAAUGUGUUGAUAGAGAGGCUAAGUCUUAAUGUAAUCUUGAAUGAAACAAGCACUGUAAUCUGACUUGGUAAUAAAUUGAUAUUAACUGAUUGCCUGUAUUAAGUUGAUGUAUAGAAUCUUUAUAAAAAUGAAAAUGAAAGAAAAUUGCUCAUGCAAUGCUGUCUGUCUUUGUCAUGGCCAUAAACACUUGCUUUUUUUGUAUAGUGUGUUUUAUUACUGUUUUUUUGUUGAUCACAUUUUGUGUAAUUCUAUUAAAUCUGAUUAUUUUAUCAGAA